UGUUUGUUUAGUGCUUCAAGUGGCACGCGUCCGGCGCGCGUAACGCACCGGCACCGGGGCUGGAGCCCAAGGUGUAUCCACGCGACCGGAGGGCGUGGCCAGCCCCUCAUCCAAACGCGUUGAAAAGCAGUGGCGUCUUCCCUCGAGGACUCAGAGCAGCUUUGAGGUGCGCGUGAAGCAGCAGCCCAGCGGACUGCCCCCACUGAAACAAGUGCGCGUCAAGCGGCCAAACCACGUGAACGGCACGAGCGGGACGCACCGCCUCGAGACUUUGUGAUUCUUUAUAAGUUUUGUGGGUUGUUUUUUUUUUUUUAAAGAAAUCUGGGAAUGGACAUCACAGCCAAGAUGGAAAUUAACAUCAGCCAGCAGCAGCUGAUGCCGCCCGCCUGUUUCUUUUCCGCCGCCGCAGCGCAGAGCAUCCAGCUGAGCCCGAGCGGCAGCAGCCAGAGCAGCGGGAAGUCGGUGUCCAAGCAGCCCAAGAGGCAGCGCUCCUCCUCUCCGGAGCUGCUGCGGUGCAAGCGAAGGCUUAACUUCGCGGGUUUCGGCUACAGUCUUCCGCAGCAGCAGCCGCACGCAGUGGCACGGAGGAACGAGAGGGAGCGCAACCGGGUGAAACUAGUCAACAACGGUUUCGCCACUCUGCGUGAACACGUCCCCAACGGAGCCGCCAACAAGAAGAUGAGCAAAGUGGAGACGCUGCGCUCAGCGGUGGAGUACAUCCGAGCGCUGCAGCAGCUGCUGGACGAACACGACGCCGUGAGCGCGGCGUUUCAGUCCGGCGUCCUGUCGCCCACCAUGUCGCAGGGAUACUCCGCUGACAUGAACUCCAUGGCAGGUUCACCAGUGUCCUCCUACUCAUCCGACGAGGGCUCGUACGACCCCCUCAGUCCAGAAGAGCAGGAGCUGCUGGACUUCACCAACUGGUUCUGAGCAUCUAUAUGAGAAAUAUGGAUCAACUCGAUUUACUGUCGUAGCGCGCUUGGGAUGGUCCCGGAGGAGGCUGGCUGUCCUCAAGAACAAGACGCACCGUACACGCGUUUUACGGUCCCGGUCCUCCCAGACUGACCGACAGACAAACAGACAGACAUGGCCUUAAAAACUUUGGGGGGGAAAAAUCAGGCCAGACAUCAGCGCCAAAGGAUUAAAGAAGACGGGUCUCCUGACCGCGUGGGAAUCCAAGCGUCUGUGCAUUUGCCCAAAACAAAAACAAAAAAGUGAAUUCACGCUUUUCAGCAGCACAUUAAAAACAUUAUUUAACACGUCGCUCUUCAACUAUGCUAAAUCCAAUCACAGAACACCAACAUUUGGU